AAAUUAGGCAUUUAUUCAACGCUCGUCUGCGCGACAAGAAGCAUAACAACAACAUGCCGACAUCAAGUGGAAUUUUGAACAUCAAGCACGGGCGUGUCCUUGGCAACGUGCAGAAAACGUGGGCACUCAUAUUUGUAUCAUACUUGGCGACUUGCGGGUAUCCAGCAGUGGCAACAGCGACAACAAUAACGGCUACAGCUUCAGGAACAACGACGACGACAACAACAACAACGUCUUCGCUGGCAUCAUCAGAGUCAGCACAAACAGCGGGAGUUGGGAAGCAUGCCACAAGUGAGAAAUUACAACGGCAUAUAAAUCAAAAUUUAAUUAUGUCGCCGGUCGCCUCCUUUGCCGCCGCUUCGGCGGCCGCCUUGACAGCAGACGACGGUGAGGUCGAGGUGGAAUCCUACGCGCGCACGGGCAGCCGUAGCAGUAUAACAAGCUUCGACUCGAACCACUUGAUCGAUGACAGGCGGCAACAGCACCAACACCAGCAGCAGCACCAUCAGCAGGAGCAGCAACAGCAGCAGCAUCCGCAUCCGCAUGAGCAACAGCAGCCACACUCACGCAUUCAAGCCAAAGACACCGCCGGUCCAUAUCCCAUACCAGCACACAGGCCAGAGUCUGCGGACAAUCAUCUGGAUGGCGGCAGUGGCGGGGUUGCUGGUACGGAUAAUGUGUUCGGCACGCCCAUGUACUUUGGCACAGAGAACUCGACGGUGGUGACAACACAGAUUGGCGCCACAGCGCACGUGCCCUGCACCGUGCAUCACAUUGGCGAGGGUGUGGUAUCAUGGAUACGCAAAAAGGAUUAUCAUCUGUUAACAGUCGGUCUGACCACCUACAGCAGCGAUGAGCGCUUCAGCGCCACCCACUUGAAACAUUCCGAGGAUUGGACAUUGCAAAUAAAAUUCGUGCAACUACGUGAUGCAGGCGUGUACGAAUGCCAAGUAUCCACACAUCCGCCCACAUCGAUAUUUCUGCAUCUGAGUGUAGUCGAAGCACGCGCCGAAAUAUCAGGACCACCAAUACGUUAUCUAACGCCGGGCUCCACGCUGCGCUUACAAUGCCGUGUUGUGCAAAAUACCGAGGCUUCGGAGUAUAUAUUUUGGUACCAUGACAACCGCAUGAUUAAUUAUGAUAUAGAUCGGGGCAUAAAUGUGUCCACCGACCCAGAUUUUCAAUCAUCCGAGCUUACUAUUUUGCGCACACGUCGCGAGCACUCGGGAAAUUUCACAUGCGUGGCCAGCAAUACCCAGCCUGCGAGCGUUUUGGUUCACAUUUUCAAAGGUGAUAACCCCGCGGCUAUGUAUCAUGGACACGUCGGUGGUUCAACCAAAACGGCGCAGUCGCAACUACAUAUUUUUGUGGUAAUCAUUGCCAUCGGCUACCGGAUAUUUCACACAAGCAUAUAUAUGAAGAUUGUGUAGAUUGUCACGGAAUUGUCAGAUGUUACUAACUUGUAAUUAGUUAAGCAAGAACAGUCUUUUCUACGAAUCACUCCUACUCUCUUCUCUCUUGUACAAGCAAACAGAUACAUACUCGUACAUACAUAACAUAAACGAUUCAUACAUACAUACGUACGCAACUUUCAUUAUCAAACUAGCAUAAUACAUACAUACCUUCAAGCACUACAAACAAACAAACAAAAAAAAAAAAAAAGAAAGA